UCCUGUCUCCCAGCUCCUCCGGGAGGAGGAGGAGGGACGGUACAAGAGAGGGGGGUCCUACCCCUGCGCACUCGGCCCGGGGUUCCGAGCUGCUGCCGCCGUCUCCAGGCUCUCACCUCGCCCCCGCCAGAGGUCCCGGCCAUGGGACCCCGUUCCAGCUCCGGCUUCUACGUGAGCCGCUCAGUAGCCCUCCUGCUGGCGGGGCUGGCAGCCGCGCUUUUUCUGGCGUUGGCUGUGCUCUCUGCCCUGUACGGCCACUGCACGCGCAGCGCGCCGUCGGAGCUUCGCGACUGCGGGGUCCCGGACGCUGGGCCAUCUCGGCCGGAGGAGCCGGGGGAGUUGCCGCCCACCCGGAAGCCCGGCCCCACUCGUGAGCCGGCGGUGGCGGUCACGCCGGACAAGUGGCGACCCUCGGGGCCCUGGGACCAGCUGCGCCUGCCUUCCUGGCUCGUGCCGCUGCACUACGAGCUGGAACUGUGGCCCCGGCUGCGGCCUGACGAGCUCUCACCACCUGCGCUACACUUCACCGGCCGCGUGAACAUCACUCUGCGCUGCGCGGUGGCUACCGCGCUGCUGCUGCUGCAUAGCCUCUUCCUGGACUGUGACAGAGCUGAGUUGCGGGGUCCUUUGUCCCCGGGCACUGGAGACGCCACCGUGGGCCACGUGCCGGUGGACAACCUGUGGUUCGCGUUGGACAUGCAGUACAUGGUGCUGGAGCUCCGCGAGGCCCUGCAGCCCGGGAGCCUGUAUGAGCUGCAGCUCAGCUUUUCCGGCCCGGUGUACCCGAACACUAGGGAGGGACUCUUCCUCAAUGUCUACACGGACCAGGGUGAGCGCAGGGCCCUGUUAGCAUCUCAGAUGGAACCAACAUUUGCCAGGAAUGUUUUCCCUUGCUUUGAUGAACCAGCUCUGAAGGCAACUUUUAAUAUUACAAUUAUUCAUCAUCCACGUUAUGUGGCUCUUUCCAACAUGCCAAAGCUACGUCAGUCAGAAAAAGAAGAUGUGAAUGGAAACAAAUGGACUGUUACCACCUUUUACACCACACCCCACAUGCCAACUUAUUUAGCCGCAUUUGUUAUAUGUGACUAUGACCAUGUCAACAGAACUGAAAGGGGCAAGGAGAUACGCAUCUGGGCCCGGAAAGAUGCCAUUGCUAGUGGAAAUGCAGACUUUGCUUUGAACAUCACAGGUCCCAUCUUCUCUUUUCUGGAAGAUUUAUUUAAUAUUAGUUAUCCUCUUCCAAAAACAGAUAUAAUUGCCUUGCCUACUUUUGACAACCGUGCAAUGGAAAAUUGGGGACUAUUGAUAUUUGAUGAGUCAUUAUUGUUGCUGCAACCAGAUGACCAACUAACAGAAAAAAAGACAAUGAUCUCUCACAUUGUCUCCCAUGAGAUCGGACAUCAGUGGUUUGGAAACUUGGUUACCAUGAGUUGGUGGAACAAUAUCUGGCUCAAUGAAGGUUUUGCAUCUUAUUUUGAGCUUGGAAUAAUUAACUACUUCAAUCCUAAACUCCCAGGAAAUGAGGUAUUUUUUUCUAACAUUUUACAUGAUGUUCUCAGAGAAGACCAUGCCCUGGUGUCUAGAGCUGUAUCACUGAAGGUGGAAAAUUUCACAGAAACUAAUGAAAUAAAUGAGCUCUUUGACUCAUUUACUUACAAUAAGGGAGCAUCGAUGGCCCGCAUGCUUUCUAGUUUCCUGAACGAGAGUGUAUUUAUUAGCGCACUUAAGUCGUAUUUGGAGAAAUUUUCUUACUCAAAUGCUGAGCAAGAUGAUCUAUGGAGACAUUUUCAAAUGGCGAUAGAUGACCAGAGAAAAAUUGUUUUGCCAGCAACAGUAAAAAGCAUAAUGGACAGUUGGACACACCAGAGUGGUUUUCCAGUUAUCACCUUAAACGUAUCUACUGGCAUCAUGAAACAGGAGCCAUUUUAUCUUGGAAAAGUUAAAAAUCAGACUCUUCUAACCCACAAUAACACAUGGAUUGUACCUAUUCUUUGGAUGAAAAAUGGAACUACACAGUCUUUAGUCUGGCUAGAUAAAAGCACCAAAUUAUUCCCUGAAAUGCAAGUUUCAGAUUCUGAUCAUGACUGGGUGAUUUUAAAUGUGAAUAUGACUGGAUAUUACAGAGUUAACUAUGACAAAUUAGGUUGGAAGAAAUUAAAUCAACAGCUUGAAAAAGAUCCUAAGGCUAUUCCUGUUAUUCACAGACUACAGUUGAUUGAUGAUGCCUUUUCCUUGUCUAAAAACAAUUAUAUUGAGAUUGAAACAGCACUUGAUUUAACCAAGUACCUUGCUGAAGAAGAUGAAAUCAUAGUAUGGCAUGCAGUCUUGAUGAACCUGCUACCCAGGAAUUUUGUUUCUGAUGUGAGCAACUAUGAUAUAUACCCAUUAUUAAAGAAGUAUCUAUUAAAGAGAUUUAUCUCAGUAUGGAAUAUUUAUUCAACUAUAAUUCGCGAAAAUGUGGCAGCAUUGCAAGAUGACUAUUUAGCUCUAAUAUCACUGGAAAACCUUUUUGGAGCUAUAUGUUUCUUGGGCCUUGAAGACUGUCUUCAGCUGUCAAGAGAACUCUUCAAAAACUGGAUGAUCCACCCAGAGAAUGAAAUACCUUAUCCCAUAAAAACUGUGAUUUUAUGUUAUGGCAUCGCCUUGGGAAGUGAUAAAGAAUGGGACUUUUUGUUAAAUAUCUACACCAAUAACACAAAGGAAGAAGAAAGGCUUCAACUUAUUUAUGCAAUGAGCUGCAGUAAAGAUCCAUGGAUACUUAACAGAUUUAUGGAAUACGCCAUCUCUACAUCUCUAUUCAAUUUUAAUUACACAAAUAUAAUUGAAGUUGUGGCAGCAUCUGAAGUGGGCCGUUAUGUUGCAAAAGACUUUUUAGUCAGCAAUUGGCAAGCUGUGAGUGAAAGGUAUGGAACACAGUCAUUGGUUACUCUAAUGUAUAUAAUAGGGAGAACCAUAAAUACAGACUUACAGAUGAUGGAGCUGCAGCAGUUUUUCAAUCCCAUGUUGGAGGAGCACCAGAAGCUCGCAGUUCAUGCCAAAUUACAGACAAUAAAGAAUGAAAAUCUGAAAAACAAAAACCAAAGUGCCAGGAUAGCUGCAUGGCUACGGAAAAACACAUAAUUCAGUGGCCACUUUUGGCAUUCCUCUUGCAUAUUAUAAAGUAGUUUGCUGACAUUUUUGUCUUCUAAUACUUUGUGAGACUAGGAAACCACAUGUUUUGUUAUUUGUAUUUCAGUCACACAUACUACUCAGAGUCCUGUUCCUCCCAUGUUGUCAUGUUAGCUCUGUGGCUCAGUGAUGGCUGAGGAUUUUGCCAAACUGCUGUACUUCUGGGGAAGAUUUCACUGCAAGUUGGGCUAUUAAACAGAGAAUCACUUUAAAUAACUUGUAAAAAAUUUACCUUAGAAAGUCUUGUCUUGCUUAUUCUGUUGUGAAGGCCAGUGGAAUAGUAAAUAAUUGGCUAAAUGAGCACAUUCUUUUCUGAGGGAAAUACAGAUCUGCAAUACUCUAGAGUUUAGUUUGUUCAACUUUUAAAUGAAAAGUGAGGAAAUAACACAACUGUGUAAAGAAACAAACCAGAAGAAUAAUAUUCCCACAGAAAAGCUAACGAGCAAGUUUUAAAAAGAAGGAACCAGACGAUUUUAUCAGCCAUGUGAAGUGCCCUAAAGGCAAGAAGUGUGUCUUUUGCAUAUUUCUCUCCCCAGAGUGCCUAAGGCUUUACUGGCUGCUGAAUUGUAUGAUGUCACUAGAAGACCCAGUAGGGCAGGAUCUGCGAAGUGCCUUUAGGCUUGCCGUUGCGGAGGCCAAACU